AUGGAUAAAUUCAAAGAGAAAAUUGGCUCUCUUCGCGGUGAACUUGAGGCUGCUCAAGCUAAAAUUAUCGAGUUAGAUAAAGAAAAGAAAAAGAAUGAAGAAGACAUUUCGGCAAAGGAUCAAGAAAUUACCAUGCUUCAGAGGAAAGUUGGUACACUUGAAUCGGAUUUAGAUGAAACUGAAAAGGGUUUCAAAGAGGCCACGGAAAAGUAA